AUGAUGCAAGUUGUUAAAUCAGAUUGGUCUCGGAUAUCCGUCAUGGGCUUGCUCGCCCGUCCUCCUCCUGCUGUCGCAUUCCUCUCUCCUCUGAAGCGGAACGCGAGGCCGGCGGCCAUGGCCGGCGCCCCUUCUGCCUGCUCCUCCUCGCCACCGGCCGGCAGGAAGCUGCCGGUGCUACUUUUUGACAUCAUGGACACCGUCGUUAGGGAUCCGUUCUACGAGGACGUUCCCGCCUUCUUCAGGUUUGGUCCUCGAUUUCCUUAUUUUGAUUGUGGUCGGUGGAUUCAUGUUAUUCGGAGUGUUUCCGUCCGAACGGACGCUCUGGAACUCUCGCAGCUUAUUUCGGUGCGCCUUAUGAGCAAAUUUCUUCCAUUCGAUUCCUGAUGUAGAUGGAAUAGAUACGAGUCUGCAGACUCAAUCUGUCUCCCGUUUUAAAAUAUGGAAGGGAAGAUGGCGAAUUUAUCGUUCUUUUUAUUCCAACAAAAAUUCUCUCCCUGUUGAAUCCUGUAUCUAUUUGUCGUUUAACCUAAACUGGCAAGUUAUCGUGGACAAUAUCAUGCUUUCUAGGUGUUUCCAUGUCGUUGCAUUCUCAGCCUAACCUGAUCGGUGGGUACAGCAUGACCGGAACAGAUGAAUUGAAUACCUUUAUGACUUUUUUUUCAUUUCAGCUUUUCUCUGAAAAGGGAAAUUUUCAAGUGUUAUUUACUUCUGAAGUGACGCUUGGUUCUGAUGACUGUCACAGACAGGGAAAACCAUUAGCAUUUCUAUCAUCAUAUAAAAUAUUUAUGAAACGAUCGCUUCAAUUCAAUCUUCAGAUCUCAAUGAUCAGUCAAGAUCAACCUCAAUUGUGGGGAAUUUCAUUUAGAUUCCCCACGAAAAAAGUGAUUAUGAUCAUUUAAAUGUUACUUAUGUAGCGCUUCAUGUGUACCACCUGAUAAUUAACUAAAGUAAUUUGGAAAUUCUAAUAUCUUAGCUCAAGUUUUCUUCUUGGAUUAAACGCUUUGCAGGAUGCCGAUGAAAGAACUUUUGGAACAGAAACACCCAACUUCAUGGAUGGACUUUGAGAAGGGCCUGAUUGAUGAGGUAUGACAGUAUCUUUUAACUUUGUAUUUUUUUUAAAAUGAAAUUCUUAUAGCUUGAGUUAAAUAUGCAUUCAUUGAUUAUCCUGCAAGAAUUGGAUGGUAGCGAGGCAAAGAGAGAGUUGACUUUCAAACGAAAAGGUUCCAAGAUCAGAUAGCUUCGAUUUAAUUUGACUUUUGGUUUGGGUUUGAGAUCCAUGAGAUUGGCCUCACCUGGCAUAUGGGUUCACAUUUCUCUGAUCUUCCUCAAAGAUUAUCAACAAAAGUAUCAGUCAUGUUAUCAAACUUGUAUGAAGUUGAUUGCUUCAGCUAUGGGUUUAUUGAUCUUUGUUCAGCUGGUUUUGGACCCAUUUUUCCCAAGAGAUUUCAUAGGAUAGGAAGAGGGGCCCAAAAUGAAAGUGUUGAGACUAAUCUCUUGUACUUGGUGUACUUUAUAGCCACAUCUCUUUAUUUCUUUGUGUAUACCUAUCUAGCUAUCUAUAGAUAGGUAGAUAGAUAGAUAGAUGGAUGGAUAGAUAGAUAGAUAGAUAGAUAGAUGGAUGGAUAGAUAGAUAGAUAGAUAGAUAGAUAGACAGUAUUAACGCAUCCAAUGAACACAAUGUUGAGAUUAAGUUUCAAAGCGGAUUGAAUAAAUUUACGAGGGCUUCACUUUAAUGAUUUCCGCAUCACCCAGGCCCAAGGCUUUUUGAAAUCAAAAGCCGGCUUGCCUCUUUUAGUUUUAUUGCCGAUCUUUGAACAUUUUUCCAUAGCUCUUUUGCCCUCCACAAAUUUUUCGUUUUCCAAAUCAAACCCAGAACAUAAGCCACACCAGUCUAUAUUGUAAUGAACCAAUAUUAAUGAAGCUUUGACGAGAAACACUGGACUCUACUGAAAAGGAGGAAGGAUAGGUCGUAAGUUAUGCUACCUUGUUCAUACAGAAGCCAUGUUCGUCAUGAACUUAAUCUGCGCUAUGGAUGCCUGGAGAGAAGACACUCAACUGAUGGGUCUCCCAUUUUAGAAAUCCUUUUAGAAAUGGAAAUAAAGAUGAGAUAAUUUCAUAGUUACUUUGUCGAUGAUAGUCAGAUAUUUUAAACAGAAUUUGCUGUUAAUUUUCUCAUGGUUAGAACUGAAAAGAGCCAGUUUGGGUAGUUUGGAAUCCCCUGGUUCCUGGGGGUGUAUGCAAAGAGAAAAUAGGUGGAAAAUCAAAUUGUAUUAAGCAUUAUUUUAUAAAUAAAAGAUAAUUAAAACUUUGUUUCUCUUCGUCGAGAAGGCCUUGGAAGGGUGAGAAAUGAUCGUUGACCGAGAAAUGAUUGAACGGAUCAUAUCUUAUUGUGACCAAUAAUGGCGUUGGAGAUGAGAAGAAUCCAAGGAAUUGGGUAUUUCCAGAAGAAUUGAAAAGGGAAACAGAGGGUUAAUCUGCAUUGGCUUAGAGAAGGACUACAGCAUUGCCUAUUCUCAUCAGAAAUACGAACUGUUUUAAUCUAGUUGCCACAAUAAUAACAGUAUUUCUGAAAUCGAAAAGUCUGUUCAUCGUUUUAUUUUAAUAGUUGGGUAAGUAAGUCUCACGCAGAAAUUUAAAAGCAGUCUGGUCACCACCACCACACCAACUCCACACCAAGACCGCCUUGAGAUUUCUUCUGGGUCAUACAACCUUCAAGUUAACUCAAUCACAACAACGAGCUAAGCCUGACUUGACAGCGAGCUCUAACACCACAAAUAACAAAGUACAGUUAUAAAUAACUUCGAAACAACCUGCCAGAUCUAGAAAAAUGGUUCUUCUAUGUCAGAAGCUUCAAACAAAACACACUUCCAAGAUACUUGGAAAGGCUGGAGCUUUGAGUGCUUGAUCUUUUUUAGGAAUGACUUAAUUAUUAACCUAAAUGAGGAUUUGAUCAUAGUCUCAAAAGAUAGUCCAUAAUCUCCUUGCAAUUUACUUCUAUUUCGGAUUCAUUUUUGUAAAGACUUUGCAUUCUAACACAUGUCGCUGUGGACUGGCAUUUUACUAUCCGUGCUAUGAAAAUCAGCAUUAAUUAAAUUAUGCGGAGAUGCAUUUGACAUGUUCCGUUGACUUAGUGAGAAAGGAUGAUGGGCGCUAUCUUUACCGGCCAUUCCUUGGACUGGAAGAGAGGAUUUCCACUGUCCUUGAGAUAAAUUUCUUCAAGCCACACUGAGAUUGACACUUUGUGGGAGUCAAGAGUCAGAUCCCCUUGAAUAGGUCAAGAAAUGUAGGGAACCCCGUUGACUAAUUUCUCAGCUUGUUAUGGUUCUUCUAUGGAGCACUCUAACACUUAUCCUUCGGUCCCUUUCAUAUUCUCGAUCGAUCAAGUUAAUUAUAUUAUAUUUUCUUGGCAUCAGGUAGAGCUAGCCAGGAGAUUCUUCAAGGAUGGGAGACCCAUUGACUUAGAAGGUAAGAAUUACUGGAAAAGAUCGAAGGCCUCCUAUUUAAUUAGGAAAGAAAUAUUUUUCAGAACAAUAUCAUAUCAGCUUGGAAUUCUCGCUAAAACACUCAUUCAACCAUUUUUAAGCGCCGCCAUGUUUCUUGCCCGUUGACUCGCGUCUCUUCUUCAGGUCUCAAAGAUUGCAUGAGGAGAGGAUAUUCAUACAUUGAUGGCAUCGAAGAUUUGCUUCGAAGUCUGAAGAGCGGGAGCUACGAGAUGCACGCAUUCACCAACUACCCCAUUUGGUUAAAAAAUAAUAAUAAUAAUUCGUUCUUCGCAUAAUUGCCUUCUCCUAAUCAUCGGUUUUUUUUUUUUAAUCUCAAAAAAUACAUCCGACCCAAUCCACAGGUACUCGAUGAUCGAAGAGAAGCUGAAGAUCUCAACCUACUUGUCCUGGACAUUCUGCUCUUGCACCACCGGUAAUUACGCGCAUUUAUUAUUUUCCAAAGUGAGAAAAAUCAGGCAUUUUCCACUUAAGUUAUUAAUAAUUCGAGAUGAACUAAGUCCAAUUGAAAAUAAUUGUUAGGAAAACGGAAGCCGGCCGCCGAGUUCUACAUGGAGGCUUCUCGGCACCUCCGGGUCGAUCCCGCAUGCUGUAUCUUCAUAGAUGACAGGUAUGAAACACCUUGGAGUGUUUUAUAGUGGGCCAUAUGUAGAUAUGAAGCCCGCCCGGGGCAACCCGGCCCGGCCCGAUAUGAUGCCACGUGGCAGGACUCUGAGAGGAGAGUCGGGAUGGGAUUAUAUACCUCCGCGCUUAUAUAUUUCAUAUCUGAAGAUAUUGUGGUGCAAACUGGUUCCAGGAUGGGAAACGUGGAGGCUGCCAUUAAUGCCGGCAUGAAGGGCGUGCUCUUCAGAGAUGCAGCUUCUCUCCGGCAAGAUCUGUCCCUGCUGGGCGUCCGAGCUGAGCUCUUCGGCGGAGAUGGUGUCGAAGAUGACGAGCCUGUUCAUGUCGAGAGACCCCACGGAAUUGAACAACCUUGA